AUGAAUAGGAUACAUCUGAGCGUUCUGCACCAAGUUUGCGCUUGAGACGGCUUCAUUGGCACAUAUUGUACGUCUCCUCUAUUCGAACUUUACGAGUGAGUUAAAAUUUAUAUUCACUAGCGUUUUCAACGAGUUGUUAACAAGCAAAUUUUUCAAUACGCCAACAUGGUUUAUUGACCGGUUAAACUUUCCUCGUAAAAUUGCAUUUUGAAUAUAUUUUCCGAUGAACUCGUCAUAAAACCUUUCUCUAAAUACAUAAAAAGUAAAUGGUUUAAAUACAUCUGAACAUUUUCGUGUAGGCUUAAUAAAUAAGUAUAUUAAUGCUUAUUGUAUGCAAACUGUAUCGUUCAUCAUUGAUCUAUCUCUUGUCGUGCCUAGGCUCCUAUGAUCUGUUUUCUCACGUGUCCACAUUUAAACCAAUUUACAUUAAAAAAAUAGCGAAUAAAAAUUGUUCUUCAUCCUAUAAUUUUUCGAAGUAUUUUUUUUUUCAAACAACUUCAACGUUUCUCUUCCCGUUUCUCAUCGAGCAUUCCUUCGUUUUUCAUUCAUUCGUUCCAAUAUUUUUAAACUUUUCUUUUUAGAAAUCAACGCUGCGACGCUGUAACGUUUUUUUGAAAAGCAUCCGGCUGGCAACGGUCUUAAAAGAGAACUCAGAGUGAGUUUCCUCAUUCAAUUUGUUUACUUAAUAUCGCUUCGAACUUAUAAUUUCGCUAAAACUUUCCAGUUUCUCUCUAUAAUCGGCUUAGCGACAUCUACAUAAACCAGUGAAAAAGGGGUACUAGGUGUAGAAAUUUUUCAUUAGGAAUUAUUUUUAUUCAAUAAUUAUCCGAAUUAAUGUUUUUGGUUUCGUUCCUUUUUGGGGACUGUCCAAUAUUUUUUAUUUUUGUGGAAUAUUCAAAAAGAGCAAGUUAACAGAAAAAUUAAGAAGAAAAGUAUUGCUUAUAUUUCGAGCGGAUGAUAAUGAGUCGCGAAUUAACAUGAUCAAAUCAAAAAAAGAUUUGGAAGGUUGAACGAUCUAAGUUCUCGAGUUUUUCGUUUAUAGAUAAAAUUUCUUCAUUUGGUAUGAUAGUUUAUUUCGAGUUUUUGUAUCUCACAUAAGUUUAAUGUUUUUGUUCUUAAAUAUUUCGGGAGAGUGAAAUUGUUCAAAAUUUCAGUAUGGGCGUGAACAGCGGAACAGUAAUCGCUGGAGUGGCCGGCGCCACAGCGUUGGCCAUCUCGGCGGCUGCGAUUCCGUUCGUUGCGCCGGCCCUACGGCGCGUGUGCAUUCCAUACGUCCCUGCAACUUGCUCGCAACUUGCCAAUGUUUCGCGUGCGCUCUCUCUCAAUCGCUUGCCUGGCCCCAUAGUUGACCUAGGAUCUGGCGAUGGACGAGUUGUGA